UUUUAUAGUCAGCAGCAGUUGCCUCUCCUCUCACCAGCCCCUCUGUGGGGGCCCCUACCCAGAAUAAAAGCAGGGGCAGGCCUUCCAGUCUCCCAUCUUCUCUCUCAGGAGCCACCUCUCUUCCUUUGGUUCCUUUCUAGUCCCCACCUCCACUGGAGAGCCUAAGAUAUCAUGCCUCCCAAGAAGCCAGAGCCUAAGAAGGAGGCUGCCAAGCCAGCUGCAGCCCCUACUCCAGCUGCCGCCCCCGCUCCUGAGCCCCUCAAGGACUCUGCCUUUGACCCAAAGAGUGUGAAGAUAGACUUCAGUGCCGACCAGAUCGAAGAAUUCAAAGAGGCCUUUUCAUUAUUUGACCGGACUCCAACGGGAGAGAUGAAAAUCACCUACGGGCAGUGUGGGGACGUGCUGCGGGCCCUGGGCCAGAACCCCACCAACGCAGAGGUCCUGCGCGUUUUGGGCAAACCCAAGCCUGAAGAGAUGAAUUCCAAGACGCUGGACUUCGAGAUGUUCCUGCCCAUCCUGCAACACAUCUCCCGCAACAAAGAGCAGGGCACCUAUGAGGACUUCGUGGAGGGGCUGCGGGUCUUUGACAAGGAAAGCAACGGCACAGUCAUGGGUGCUGAGCUUCGGCAUGUCCUUGCCACCCUGGGAGAGAAGAUGAGCGAGGCAGAGGUGGAGCAGCUGUUGUCUGGGCAGGAGGAUGCCAAUGGCUGCAUCAACUACGAAGCCUUUGUCAAGCACAUCAUGUCCGGGUAAAGCACUUUUCUCCAGGGUACUUGGCCCUGCAUGAGUUAUCGAGAGAUCCUCGGUGGCUGAGUAUUGGACUCACACACAGCUUCUCAGACCCACAACCUUCCCUGGAAAUAAAGCGCUCCAGCAUGGAGUCUUAUUAAUUCUUCA